AUGAACACAAAUAGUGAACAAGUCAAUGCACAAAAAACUCCAGAACAAACUUCAAAAGCAAGUUUAAAUGAAAACAUUGAAGUAAAAUCUCCACCAGGAGAUACAGCAUCUCACAAAAGUGAUGAAUCAGAAGAUUAUAAUCCAUUUGAACAUAGAAAUAUAGCCAAACCAACGUCGAAUUUCGGUGCUACGGCACACAUAUUAAAAACUAGUUUAGGAUCAGGUAUAUUGGCAAUGCCAAUGGCUUAUAAAAAUGCUGGCCUUGUUUUUGGAGCUGUUGCAACUGUGGUUUUGGGUGUGAUAUGCACUCAUUGUAUAAAAAUGCUGGUUAGAACAUCACACAUUGUUUGUAAAAAGAAAAAAAUUCCUCUUUUAAACUUUCCAGAAACUGCUGAAGGUGCUUUUGAUAUCGGACCGAAAAGAUUUAGAAAAUAUGCCAAAGCAGUGUCCAUUUUGGUUACAGUUGAAUUAUUGCUUAGUUUUAUUUUGGGUAAUUCUGUGUAUGUCGUUUUCAUGUCUCAGUCACUGAGUCAGGUAGUGGAAUAUGCAUUUCGAGUGGAAAUGAACGUUAGAUAUUACAUGCUUAUGUUAUGGAUUCCUCUAAUAUUUAUGUGCUUGUUAAAAACUUUAAAAAGUUUGGUUCCAUUUUCAAUAAUUGCCAAUAUAUUGAUCGUCAUAUCAUUUUCAAUUACUUUAUACUAUAUAUUUAGAGAUAUUAAUCUACCUAACUCAGUAAACAUGAUUGCCUCUAUUGAUAGAAUGCCUCUUUUCCUCGCAACUGUUAUAUUUGCCAUUGAAGGUAUAGGAACGAUAUUACCAAUUGAAAACGAAAUGAAAAAUCCGGAACGUUUUGUCGGUGGAAAAUGUAGCGUUAUUGACACAGCAAUGACAAUAGUUGUUUUAUUUUAUGGAGUCAUAGGUUUUUUUGGAUAUUUAGAAUAUGGAGAAGAAACGCGAGGAAGCAUAACGUUAAAUUUACCUAUCGACGAACCAAUGGCUCAAGCAGUCAAAGUAUUGAUUGCAUUAGUUAUAUUUUUCACAUAUGCUUUACAAUUUUACGUUCCAAUAAAUAUAAUAUGGAACUUAAUAAAGCCAAAAGUUAAAGAAAGAUAUCAUUUUUGGGGAGAUUUGUCCGUUAGAAUCGGACUCGUCACUCUAACAAUUUUAAUCGGUAUGGCUGUUCCAAAUUUAGAACCUAUAAUAUCAUUAGUUGGAGCCAUUUGUUUUUCAACCCUUGGACUCCUCAUACCAGCUGUUGUGGAUACGAUCGUACGAUGGCCGGUUCUUGGAGUCGCACGUUGGAGAUUAAUUAAAAAUAUUUUUAUCCUUCUUUUAUCCCUUUUGGCAUUAUUCUCUGGAACGUAUACGAGCGUCUUUGAUAUAAUGUACCAUGAACAUGAAGAUUAA